UUCUCUCCCCCUUUUUCCCCCCACUUAUUCAUUUCGAUAACCUAAAAUCCCCCCAAAACAGCGACACAAAAGCGACACGGCCGAUUUGACCUAAUAUCUUUCUCCACUUCCCCCCCCCCACCCCCCCUGUCUCCUGAGCUGAGACCGAGAUGGGGAACGAAGCGAGCAUGGAGGGCGGCGGGGAGCCAGGAGCCGCCGGGAUGAUGGGGUCGGUGAUGCCCGGUGGACCCGGAGCAGGACCGGGACAGCACAUGAAGCCGGUCAACGGUGCCGCUGCCGGUGGGGGAAUGGGAGCCGGAGGCCCUGGGAUGGGAAUGACGAGGGGUUCCAUGGGUCAGAUGGGUAGUCCCAAGCUUGGCAUGCAACAAGGAGGGAUGGGAGGAGGAAUGGGAGGAAUGGCAGGAGGAGGAAUGGGAGGAGGGAUGGGAGGAAUGGGAGGAGGAGGGAUGGGAGGAGGGAUGGGAGGGGGGGGAAUAGGAGCAGGCAUGGGCACUGGAGGCGGAAUAGGGUCCAGGGCAAAUGAGCCCUAUCGCCUUGCUGCUCAUGACAGCCCUACCUCCCCUCGACACAUGCAAUCCAGCCAGGGGUCUGGCAUGGGGCAGGGCCCAGGGUCUGGCCAUGGGAUGGGUCACGGUCCAGCUGGGCCUAGCAUAGGAGGCCAUGGAGGUCAAAGUCCUGGCCAGCAUGCCUCCCGUCGAAAUCUCCAAGUCGACUUCAGUGGGUCGGGUGGUUCUAGAACAGGCCGGUCUCCUUCUGUAUCUCCUGACCGUAGCGUGACACCCACCUCACCCUACUCUGUGCCACAGAUUGCACCCAUGCCAAGCAGCAAACUUUGCCCAGUGUGCACCACUACAGAGCUGUCCAACCCACCGGCUGUACCCAACUACAACACCUGCACCCAGUGUAAAGCCACCGUCUGCAACCAGUGUGGAUUCAACCCCAACCCUCACCUCACUGAGGUCCAGGAAUGGUUAUGUCUGAACUGUCAGAUGCAGCGAGCUCUUGGCAUUGAUAUGACCACGCCUCGCUCAAAGAGCCAACAGCAAAUUCACUCUCCAUCCCACCAAGCCAAGCCCAUUGUCCAGCCUCAGCAGCCUGCACCACAGCCAACACAGCCGUCAGCAGCAGCACAGCCCAAACCUUUGGCACAAAGUCAUACUGCCCAGAGACAGCAGCAGCAGCAGCAGCCGCAGCAACAACCCCCUCAGUCUCAGCCCUAUGGCCAGGCUCAACCUUACUCCCAGUCUCACCAGUAUCCCCAGCCUCAGCCUCAGUCAUAUCCCCCAUUACAACCAGGGACCCAGCCUCACACCUCUCCAGGCUUACAGAGACAUUCAGGCCCUGGUGGCCUCCAGUCUCAGACAGGGCCCUCUCAACAGGGCAUGAGGUCUGACCCAUACUCCCAGAGAGGUCCUACAACUCCAGGAACUGUUGGCGGUCCCACAGGAGCCCCAAGCCAGCCGGGGGGCCCUCGAAUUCCCCACCCUGGUGCUGUACCCCUUCCUGGUUUGACUAAGGCACCGUCCCAGCCAGAUUUGGGUCGCGGUUCUCCAAUGCAUCAGCCUAUGGCACGACCUCAUGAUCAGACCAGAAGUGCUGGAUCCUCCCCAGCCCACAGACCACAGAGUCAGGCCCCGCCCCCUGCCCAGGACGGCCUGACCAAGCUAUUUGGCUUUGGAGCAUCGCUUCUCAAUCAGGCUAGUACCCUGAUAAAUGUUGACCCUCUACCCACCGCCUCCACACAGCCAAGCCCUGCACGAGGGAAGGUGGUGUUUAGUAAUGCAACUCCUGACAACAGGCAGCAACAACCUGGGGCCACCAAACCUUUUGGUAUGGGCGGACCUCAUGCUCCAAGUCAAAUGGGAGGUCCUCACGCCCCAGGCCAAAUGGGAGGUUCUUAUCCACUAAGUCAAAUGGGGGGUCCUCACACACCUACUCAAACAGGAGGUCCUCAUGCGCCAACUCAAAUGGGUGGAACCAUGGGUGGACCGCAUAUGCCAACCCAAAAGCAGCAGCAGCAGACUAUGCCCCGUCAACAAGAAACCCCUCAACAGCAAUUGCCCGCCCAUCAUCAAAAAGGGCAGCAAGGGAAACAACCACAAUCACAAGGACCACAACAUCAGCAAACACCACUUCAUCAGCAGAAAGUGUUGCAGAAGCAAGAGCCAGCUACAGCUGCUCCAGAGCCAGCGAAGCCUAAGGUGAACUGCCCCCUUUGUAAAACAGAGCUGAACAUCGGCAGCUCAGACCCACCGAACUACAACUCCUGUACACAGUGUCAGAACCAAGUGUGCAACCUGUGUGGCUUCAACCCCACGCCGCAUCUGGUGGAGAAAAAAGAAUGGUUAUGUCUCAACUGCCAGACCCAGAGGCUGAUGUCUGGAGGUGGUCUCGAUGAUCCCCCACUUCCUGUUCCUCAUCCAUCUCCUAAGCACCAACCAAUGGGCUCACCUCGUCACCAAACACCAACCAGUCAACAAAGCCCACUCCAUAGACCCACCACUCAACAGGGGCCCAAGCCGGCCCAGUCCCAGACACAAAAAACACAGUCAGGCAUUGGUGUUAGUGGACCGCCUGUACCCACAGCUACCAAGCAACCAACUGACAUCAAGACCCCAACACCAGCUACAGCACCAGUACCAACCACUGAAACCCCGAAACUGCCAAAACCAACAGAGGAGAAGCCCAAGACUGAGCCUGAGAUCCAAACCACCAAAGAGACCAAACCCUCCCAGAAGAAAGGAGAGCAGAUCACACCCAUCAAGGAAAUAAAGAAGUCCAGACAAUAUGACGAUACAAAAAACAACAGCACCCAUGACUUGUCACGCAGCCCUCAGAGCCUCAGUGACACCGGCUACUCCUCUGAUGGUAUCUCCAGUUCCCACAGUGAAAUUACAGGUUUAAUCCAAGAGGAGGAAAUGAAGCUGAGUGAGAGGGGAAUCAGCGCACGAGGCUCCCCACCAAGCCCCUCUGAAAUCACCAAGCUAGAGAGCUCCAUGAGACCACUGCUGGAGAAGAGCCUUUCUGAAGAGAAGGCAGACAGAAGGGGGAGGAAGCACAGAGACAGAGACUUGGAUGAGAGAGGGAAGCAGCGUCCACGUUCCCUUUCAAUUCCACCAGAUGCAUACGACUCUGAUGAGGAACUAGAGGAUAUACUGGAGGAAGAAGAGGAUGGCGGAGACUGGGAGAGUAAAAGGAAAGAAGGGAAAGAAGAGAAGAAAGAGAAGAAAAAGAAGGAAAAGGAGGCUGAGCCCUCAGAGAUGACUGAUGAGGAAUUCAUGAGGAGACAGAUAAUGGAAAUGAGUGCUGAUGAAGACAAUGAAGAGGAGGAGGAAGAAAUGGAGGAGGAUGAAGAUGAAGAAGAUGAAGGGUAUGGCUACCAGAAACCCAAGAAAAGUCACCACAAGCACAUCAUCUCUGACUCAGGAAAGGAGAAAAGGCGACUACAACACCACUCCAGUAGUUUUGAGGAGGAAACAAAGAGCUCUACUGAUGUUUAUAAAGGCUCUGUGGAAGAGGGUGAGGAGGAUGUGAUGGCAUCACAAGGGGGCCUAAGACGCUUUAAAACAAUUGAACUUAAUAACACCAAUAGCUACAGCCGGGAUAUGGAGCUUAGCAGUGAAAAUGACUUGAGUCUUGAUCGAGAGCCAGAACUGGAGAUGGAGAGUCUAACGGGAUCUCCUGAGGAGCGUUCCAGGGGUGACUAUUCCUCAACUUUACCACCAACUUCAUCCUCAUAUGGCUCAGGCCAAUCCCCUACAUCCAUCUCAUCAAUGGAGGAAGACAGUGACAGUAGCCCAAGCAGAAGACAACGACUGGAAGAGGCCAAGCAACAAAGGAAAGCACGACACCGAUCUCAUGGCCCCCUUCUUCCAACCAUCGAAGACUCUUCAGAAGAGGAUGAACUGAGAGAAGAAGAGGAACUUCUGAGAGAGCAGGAGAAGAUGAGAGAGGUAGAACAGCAGAGGAUAAGAAGCACAGCACGUAAGACCAAAAGGGAUAAGGAGGAGCUCAGGGCACAGAGGCGCAGAGAAAGGUCCAAAACACCACCUAGCAAUCUCUCGCCAAUUGAAGAUGCUUCCCCAACAGAAGAGCUGAGACAAGCAGCAGAAAUGGAAGAGCUUCACCGUUCUUCAGCUUCUGAAUAUUCCCCUCAAAGUCUGGACUCUGAGGCUGAGGGAUAUGAGUCUAAACUCUACAAGUCAGGCAGCGAAUACAACCUACCUACCUUUAUGUCUCUCUACUCACCAGUAGAGAAAUCAUCUUCAACAACAACUACCACUGCACCAUCCUCAACUUCUAAACCUCUGAAGAGUGCAGAGGAAGUUUAUGAAGAGAUGAUGAGGAAGGCGGAGAUGCUCCAAAAACAACAGAAACUACAGCAACAACAGCAACAUGCAAGGCAUGGGCAAUACUAUGAGGAAGAUAUCAAUGGGCAAAAUUAUGAUGAUGACUAUGAAUAUGAGCAGGAUCAAACUGGAUAUGACAAUGAAGCAGCAGAGACAGAAACAGAUAUCUAUGAGGAGAUCCGACAAACAUCACAGAACAUCACCAAGAUGCAGCAGGCCACUGAUGAGCAAGUAGAGAUUGAAAUUGAGAGCUCUUACACAGAGAAGCAGCUCUUAGACACAGGCUCAGCUUUUGCUAAGUUACUAGAACAAAGCAAUGCUCUCCUAACUCCUGGGACCAGCCCCACCCAGAUCUCAGCUCCUGUGUCUUUUGCUGAAACUGGCGGUCGUAUACCUGAUGUAAGGGUAAGCCAGCACUUCACUGCAAAAGAUGGACACAAAGAUAGGAUAAAAAGCCAAGCAGGAAAGAAUGGAAUAACUCCAACAGUGGCUGCGACCACUAUUGCAGCUUAUGGAGUUUAUGCCAGAGAUGCAAUAACUCUGUCUCAAACUAGUUCAAGCCACACUAUGACAUCUACUCAAUCUGAUAUAUGUCGUCGACACACAGGAAGCUCUACUUCUUCCUCCGCCACAGUCUCAAGUGUAUGCAGCAAAAUUGCAGAGAUCACCCAGGCCUAUAGUCAAAGAGAGGUGAUCACCAGAAGGGUUGGGGAGACCAGGGGUGUCCAAGUACAAGACAGCUCAACAUCCUCUAAUGAGAGAAUAAUUGAACCCCGUUCUUCCAAGUAUACUACUUAUUACAGGAGCACUAGUCCUCCUCUUUCUCCCUCACCACCACCACAGAGUCCCACCCGUUCCCCUUCCAGAAGAGCUACUGCUGAGUUUUCUACACAGACUUUCAGCUCAGCUUUGCGAAUGGACUCAGCUGGUUCUGGGCCUACAUCUCCGGUGAUGGCUCAGGGGACCCAAACAUCAUAUCGAUCAGUUUCUCCACGACUGUAUAGACAGCAGUCGUCCCAGGAUGCCCCAUACUCCCCACCUCCAAGCCCAGCUAGGCCAAUGACAGUUAACACAGCUACUUCUCCUCUGUCUUCUCCUACUCGAUUUAGCCGCCAAUCAACAUUCGAGAGUUACUCACCUUGUGGCAGUCCUCCUGACACACCACCUUAUCAACAGUCUCCUACACGCAGCUUCUAUCGAACACAAAGAGUGGAAAAGGUAAAUGUGGGGACAAGUAUGGUCACCACUGCUAGCAUAUAUACAAGAGGGUCCAUGUCAAUGGAUAACAUCUCCCUCUGUAGAAUAUCUACAGUCCCAGGUACUUCAAGGGUAGAGCAGGGCCAUAUGAUCUUAGGUGGAAGUGUUGUGGAUCUAAGAACUGCCACCAAACCAACUCCAAUUAUUAUGACUGACCAGGGAAUGGAUCUCACAUCCUUAGCAACCGAGAGCAGGAAAUACUAUGGAGGAUCAGAGGGUACCAGACAUUCAACUAUUGUACAACCACUGAUUAUGAACUUGAACACCCAGCAGACCACCACACCAACCACUGUGAGUGUCACUGUGGCUGCUUCUAUGUUCAUGACCCAGCCGAAACAACCAACUGUGUAUGGUGAUCCCCAUCAAAAUCGAAUAGAUCUGGGUCAGGGCAUGGGCUCCGCAGUUUGUCUUUCACAGAACAAACCACAGAUUUCUCCUCCAACUGAUCCAACAAUCCCCAAAAUUGAUGCCAAACUGGAAGACCUCAGUGUCCAACAGAGAGAGCUACAAAAACAGCAAGAGAAACUGCAAAAACAGCAAGAGCUCCUUGAACAACAGUUACAGCAGCACCAUCACAUGCAACAGCAACAACAACAGACAUCUGUUUUGGCCAGGUAUAACCUUACUGGCCAGAUCUCACCUUUACUCAAAAAAGAUUUGAUAGUCAGCCAGACAAGCACUGCCUCGACUGUGGUCAGCGCUGUAUCCCCAGUCAUUAACCCUGAGCUAUAUGGCACUGGGCCCAUUGAAUUGAAAGGGAGGCCCAGUCCUCCUGGUUCAGUGCCAGGAGGUAAAUCCCCACAUGGUAUGGUAGUGCAGAUUGAUGGAGGGCUAGAACCGACCAGAGCAGUGACACAGCUAGUAAAGGUAGAGGAGGGACAGGAUGCUGUGGAUCUAACAGGAGGUCAAAUUAAACCUGACACACAGCCAGCUUGCUGUGAUGUUGUUUAUAGACUUCCAUUUGGUGGAAGCUGUGUUGGUGCUUCUGAGAAAGAGGGCAUAAGGCCACCAUCUGCCCCACCUAUUACCUAUGAGUCUGAUCAAGAAAGACAACCUGAAAGGUACCAUGAGUAUCCACAGGAUGCACAUAAAGCCUACACAUUACCAUUUCCUGGUAGGCUUCAACCUUCGAUGUCUGAUACAAACCUUGCUGAUGCUGGGCUGCAAUCCUACCAUUCUAAAAUGGAACCACACCUACAACCCUCAGGUGAUCUUGCUGUGGAUUUAACUGCUAUGAAACAGAGCUAUGGAGGAUAUAUAGGGAUGCAGUAUGGUUCCUAUACCGAUUUACGGCAUGGAGGAGAUAUUGCAGGCCAAAUGCUGCCCAUUAGAAGGUAUAAUUCCUUAUCUAAUAUCAGCUCAGAUUAUGGCUAUUCUGCUCGUGACAUUGCCAGCUUCCAAGAAGCUAACUUGGCUCAGUACAGUGCUACAACUGCAAGAGAGAUCAGCCGGAUGUGUGCAGCACUUAAUUCCAUGGAUCGGUAUGGUAGCAAUCCAGACUUGAUGCAGUUUGGCAGCUUAGGGAGAAGUACCGGUCCAGGGGCCUCCAGGCUUGCAGCUGGUCUUGGCAUGAGGCAAAACAUCCUCUUUGGACUUGAUGGAAAGCCAAUCUCUCACAGUCAAGCACUCACCAACCUUAUCAAUGCCAGGCAAGCAAGUCUUAGAGCCAUGUACCCUGCUGCUAUAAGAUCCUCUGAUGGGAUGAUUUACUCCACCAUUCAGACUCCUAUUGCUUCAACACUUCCAAUAACUACUCAGCCUGCCUCUGUGCUACGACCACUACUGAGGGGGGCCUACAGACCAUAUCCCUCUCCCAAUAUGACUCCAGUGCCCCUGUCUAGUCUUACAAGACUACCAAUGAGCCCUCGAAUGCCCUUAGCUGGACAAGCACCAGUUCGUUACCCAGCACCAGGUCUUCUUCAAACAACUUCAGCUGCUGCCACCAUUGCUACUGUAGCAUCAGUGUCAGCACCAAUAGUGGCCCCUGUAUCUGUUUCAGUGACAACUCCUUGUUCAGCAGUCCAGGAUGAACCUGUUUACCUUGGCAAAGGUGCAACAGUGACUUCCUCAUCAGCAGAGGUUACCUCAGUACCAGGAACAGUUGUUAUACCAUCUGAGCAACAACAGCAACCAAUAAACCUGUCCCAGGCACACCUGAGCAGCCAACAGCAACAGAAACAAAUGACAACUGCUCAGCAGCCACAGGCUCCUCUUGCAGCCCAUGCCUACCCACCCUCAGGUCCCACAAUUACCCAUGGCUACACUCAACCUCCUGUAGGCCCAUCUAUCCCCACCAGUGGUUUACCCAUUCCAGGUGGUCUUCCUCCCUUUCCCCCACCAGGUUCCAUACACAAAGAAGGUGAAACUGAGGCGGAGAGACUGCACCGACAGCAGGAGCAGCUCCUACAGAUGGAGAGGGAGCGCGUGGAGCUCGAAAAACUCCGGCAAUUCCGUCUGCAGGAGGAACUUGAACGUGAAAGGAUAGAGCUGAAGCUGCACAGGGAGAAGGAGCAGAUGCUGGUGCAGAGAGAGUUACAGGAGCUGCAGAACAUCAAGGAACAGGUUCUACAGCAACAACAGCAAGAACGUGAGAAACAACUUGUUCUCCAGCGGGAACAGCUAGCCCAGCAGAAGUCCCAGCUAGACCAGAUCCAAUCCUUGCAACAGCAGCUUCAGCAACAGCUGCAAGAGCAGAAGAGACAGAAAACAGCUGUUGCAGCCCACAGCAUGCAGGUGGAUGUGACUGGUCAACCACUCCACCCCUAUGUAGAGUCUCAGAUGAGCUCUCGUUCCUUGCCCAGUUCUUCUUCAGAGAUGUGUCUCAGGACCCAGGAAGAUCAAAUGGAGUCCAGGGCUAGCAUGAGAAAACACAGCUCCAUGAGCAGGCUGAGCAGGGACACACUGGAUGGAGAUGGGGUGAUGUUCUACGCUUCCCCUCGCAGGAUUGUGGAUAGCUGUGUACAGACAGAUGAUGAAGAUGGAGAGGAGAGGUACAUGAUGCGCCAUCGUACCCGGAGGCGUGGUCGCAGUGUCGACUGCUCUGUCCAGACAGAUGACGACGAGGACAAGGCUGAAAACGAGCAUCCAGUCCGCCGACGCCGCUCUCGUUUCUCCCGGCACUCUGAGUCCAGUACACCUGCUAGCAGCACGGCUGCAACAGCCACCUCAACUACUGACACAAAAACUGACAAGAUGGUUUCCUCCAGUAUCGCUAUCCAAACCAUCAGGGAAAUGUCUUGCCAAACAGAAGUAGAGCACUUGGGAAGAGUCUCCCCAGCAAUUCAUGUGACAGUUCCAGAUCCUAACAAAGUAGAAAUUGUGCAUUACAUUUCUGGACCAGAACGAACCCAAAAAGGCCAAUCGCUUGCGUGCCAGACUGACCCAGAAGCGCAGUCACAAGGUGUUGUAGCUCCCCAGCUCAGCGUACCAACCACAGUCAGUCCAUAUUCUUCCUCCACCAGUACGGGAACUCAACAAUCCAGCUCUGCUGACCUUCUGGCCCACCAGCGCCAGCAACAGCAAAUUGCUGCAAAUGCAGCUAAGUUUGAGCGACGCCGGCCAGACCCACUUGACAUUAACUAUCAGCCUCACAACCACCUCCACAACGAGUCCAUAUCCAGCAUCAUUCGGCAACAGCAGACAGUCCCAAAAUCACCACAGGUCCUCUACUCUCCUGUUUCCCCAGUGUCCCCUCACCGCCUGCUUGAGAACUCUUUGUCAAGUGAGAGACUGAAUAAGGCCCACGUCACACCUCAACAGAAGUCCUACACAGCCGAGUCCCCCCAGCGACACCCCUCUAUGCCCAGGCCCAUCAAGAGCACUCAAAGAUCCAUGUCAGACCCCAAGUCCCUCAGCCCCACCACAGAUGAGCAUACCAAAGCCAGGCUGUCCCUGUAUCAACAACAGGCCCUACAAAACCAGCUGGCAGCCUUACAGCAGAGCUCGUUGCUCCGCAAGGUCAAGCGAACCCUGCCCAGCCCUCCUCCAGAGGAGACAGUUACAGCAGCUCACCUGCCCAUGAUGACACCCGCCCUCCAACAGGCCUACCUGCCCUCCGUGCCCAGCCUCAAGCCCAGCUCAAGAUCUGGCCUGGCAGCUAAAGCCAGCCUCCUCAAAGACCUCACCCACGAGCUGAAGGCCGUGGAGCAAGAGUCAACCAAGCUCAGAAAGCAGCAAGCUGAACUGGAGGAAGAAGAGAAAGAGAUUGAUGCUAAGCUGAGAUACCUAGAACUGGGAAUCCACCAGAGAAAAGAGACAUUGGUUAAGGAGAGGGAGAGAAGGGACAUUGCCUACCUGAGAUGUAUGGGCGACACUAGGGACUAUAUGUCUGAUAGUGAGUUAAAUAACUUACGUUUAGCAGCUGCAGCUGCUUCACAUGAGACCAAUGGGCUCCUAACAACUAGACCAAGCACUGCUCCACUUAGUCAGUUUACCAGCGACCUUAACACAGCAGCCCAGUACCCACCAACCUCAUCCUUCCUCUCCUGUCAGUACCCCCAGAGCCAACCAGCAGCACCAUCUCAGCAAUCAACUGUUCCAUACCAGUCAUCAACAUUCAACCAGCCUCCUUACCCAACAGUGUCCCAGUCACAGGCAUUGCCACAGCCCACCCCCCUUCAAAGCCAUGUCCCCCCUCCUGGACCUUCCUACCAGUCUCAAGCCUCUUAUCCAUCCCACACUUACCCCCAAACUCAGCCCCCAUACCCCCAAACAGACAUGGGGUUACCAGCCGCACCACAGCCUCAGCCUCAGCCUCAGCCAGGGCACACUGGUUUUGGGCCUGCACCGCCUGGUCAGCCACCAUACCCCACCCACAGCUCACCUUAUCCCAGCGCUGUGUCCUCCUACCCCAGCCAGACCACCCCAUACCCUGGGCAGCCCCAAGCUGACAUCCUGACAGUUCAUCCAGGAAGACCUAGACAAACGUCACUAGCUGAUCUGGAGCACAAGAUGCCAACUAACUAUGAAACCAUAAGCAACCCCACAGUUGUGGUCACCACCACUGCCCAAGAUGCUACCUUUUCCAGUGCAGCCCCACCUUAUGGCCAGUACACAGGAACAACAACCAUGGCAAGCUCAUAUGGGCCCUAUGGUUCUGCAACUGUGUCAAGCAGCUACGGUGGGUACUCUUCUAUGCCACCCAGCACUUAUGGUCCAUAUACUUCAACUUCAGUGAGUUCAUAUGGCCAAUACACUACAACCACUGCUAAUACUUAUGGCUAUACUACCACAACAGCCAGCUCUUAUGGACAGUACACUUCCACAGUUUCCAAUGCCUAUGGGCACUCUGUUGACAGUCCUUCAACCUACAGCACAGCAGAUGGGAUGUAUGGGGCUCCUGGCUUAGAGCAAAAUAUUCCAAGGAACUACAUGAUGAUUGAUGAUGUUAGCGAGCUGACGGCAAAAGACGGGCUGGGCACAACAACUGGGGACAUGAUGCAUCAUGGCAGUGGGCGAUACCCGGGCGACAUCCAUGGCCAUGGCAGCACCACUGGCAGCACGACGCGUGGGGGAACUGGCAGCUCUCCCUACGGCAGGGCACCUGAGGAGGAAGCAGCGAUGCAGGAUGAGCUGUACGACCAUCAUGGCAGGGGUAAGAGCAGCUACAGGCACGGACCUCUAGGGGGCAGCAGCAGCAGCGUGAGCGCUAGCAUGGGUGGGGGAUCCCCCUAUUACUAUGACUAUGACUACAAACAUGGCAGCAUCCGCUCUGGGGUACAGAAACCUUUGUCAUCCUCCAGAAGCCUUCUGGCUCCUGCUGUCAUGUCUUCCAAGCGCAGCAAGCACAGGAAGCUGGGGACUAUGGAGCAGAAAAUCUCAAAGUUUUCCCCAAUCGAGGAGGCCCGUGAUGUGGAGGCAGAUCUGGCCUCCUACUCCUCUGCAACAGGAGGGGUUUACCCCUCCUCUCACAUUCGAGGACGCCAGCUGAUUGAGGAUUAUGGCUUUAAAAGGAGUGCUUUCGAGGGCGGCAGUGGCACCACACAUGGUAGUCGAUACUAUGGUAUGAUGGUGGAGGAGGACGAUCGGAUUUACUACACCUCCACUGGCCGUUCUCGUUCCACUGGCUAUGGCAUGGACAAGAUUUCAGCCAGGGACUACCAUGGGUAUCGCAGCCGUUCCUAUGAGAGAGACGACCGUUCCUACCGAUCUGGCUACAGGGGGCGCCAUCCAAUCCGACAGUACUCUGAGGAGGAGAGCCCCCUUAGCCCCUUGGGAAGGUUCAUGGGUUCUGGGCGAUCUUCAAGCUUAGGUCCCGACCCCGAUGAGAGCCGCAGCAGUAGAAAUCAAUACUAUUAUGGCCAAUAUGGUUCCAGUCACUCACUGCCAGAUGUUCAAGACCACAUAAGGGACCUUCCCCGGACACACGUCUACAAAUCGGAUGAUACAUACAUAAUAGACGAUUAUCAUUGUGCUGUGUCAGACAGCGAAGCCUACCAUCUGGGCCAGGAAGAAACUGACUGGUUUGAAAAGCCUCGCUCCAGUUCUCGACACUAUGGCAGCCACUCAUCUGGGAGGAGUCGGCAUAGCGUUAAACACACCUACCAUGAUUAUGAUGAGCCUCCUGAGGAGGACCUGUGGCCUCAGGAUGAGUACAGCCAUGGAGGGCGUCACUCAUCAUCCCGUGACCACAGACACCAUGGAGGUUCUAGCCGCCACUCGUCCUCGUCACGUCACUCAGAUGAACAGAGGUCCUCAAGGUCUUCGAAGGGGCAUCUCAAAGACCCAUCUAUGCGUCAUGAUCCCUCAGGGCGAUCUUCAUCUACAGGAAGGCGUGGUGAGUCGAGGUCUGGAAGCUAUCACUCUUCAGACUACUCUCGGGAUCCAUCUGGGCACCAUCAUGGCCAGAGAUCCUCCAGGCAGGGUGAUCCACACAGGUCCUCACGCAGCAAGUCCCAGGGUGCAGUGGACAUGCAGGGCCAACCACCAGGCUCUUCCAGAUCUGGGGGCAGCUCUGGUCGGGUUCAGGGCUCUGCCGGCGGGCCUGCAGGAGCAGGGCGACAGCCUGUUCCAGGUUCCCAGACAGACGGAGCUCCUGGGCAAAGGACCCAGCUCCAACAACAAGCCCAAACAUCAGCAGCAAGACCCGGACAGCCAGGAGUACCAACAGUCACAGGACCUCAGCAGCAAACCCCAACGCAAGGACAAGGCAUGGGCAUGGGCAUGGGCAUGGGCACGGGCAUGGGCAUGGGCAUGGGCAUGGGCCAGGCCAAGCCUGGACAGAUGGGACCAGCAGGUGGACCCAUGGGCCAAGCCAGGCAGACAGGUCCAGCAGGAACAAUGCCAUCUACCAUGACAAAGAUCGAUACACCCCCAGCAACAGCCAUCGGCGCUAAAGCAGCACCCGUCAUGGCCUCAAAGACUGCCCAGCCCCCACUCACAGGCAUUGGCUCCAAGGCCGCUCCGAGACCUGGAGGUAUUGGCAGUGCAGCAGCAGGUCAGCCUGGCAUGGAGGGAGACAGCAUGUUCUCCAAGAUCCUGCCUGGUGGAGCUGCUGAACAGGCUGGCAAACUGGGAGAAGCUAUCUCUGGUUUUGGCAAGAAGUUCACCUCUUUCUUCUGAGGUGAUAAGAUAAAGGACUAUGAAAAUGUCAAAAAAUGAAGUCAUGAGGCCUCGUACCAGAAAAACCUGUGAAAUCUCCCCCGCUUUUAUUUUACUAAAAGAGAAUGGAAGAAGAGAGAGGGGAAAUGGGGAGGAGAGCUGAGCAAACUGCCAACAAGGACUGAAUCCCUCUGGAUGCUUCAUGCCUCGAACCUGAGCACACACUGUCAGAGAGAACAUGCUGCUCUCUGGCAGGCUAGACAAUCAUUCACAGUCCAAGUAAAUGUCCAUCCUCGAUGGCUUCUUCGUGCAGCGCCCCCCAGCCAAAGAACCAAAGUAUUGUGCAGCCUCUUGAAUAACCCUGCAGCAGCUGCAAACAUCUGUGUCCCUUCACUCUGAAAGAGCAGCUGGGGGAGGGCUAAAAAGAAACAGCUUUUUGUUUCUUUUCCAUGUCGGCAGUGGGAGCCAGAGAUCUGCGCAGCUGGUGAUCACGCGAAGGACCAAUGGAGGACAUGCACCACCUUAGCUCCCAAUAUGGAUUCCACACUUCAGAUUCAGUGGAGGAAAGUAGCAGCUGCAGUACUAACACCAUACGCUGACGGCCGCAUCAUUUAAGCGAGAGCUGCUUUUUUCUGCUAUUGGCCCACAGGAAGUUGCAGCUUUUACCACAGAUGUGGUGGAAUGCAAGGAUCCUUUGUUUCACAGUCCUGUGCUCAAACUCCAAAUAACAGCAUCUCUCUCCUCUUUUUUAAUCUCUUCUCAAAGUAAAGAAAGAGCUGGGAAAACAUGAGGCACUGCAGGUUUUUCUGGUACUAAAGACCUAAGGUUUAAUCACUGAACACUGAGAGGGAAACUGAGUCAUGGUAGUGUCACAUUGAAUAAAAAAGACAAUGAUGAUGCCGCCAACUCUGAACGAGCGCAAUGGCGUGCAUUUCUUUCCACGGUAUUCUCAGUUUCUAUCUACAUUCCAGAUGGGAACUGUGCCCCUUUUUCUCACCUCCUUCAGUUUCUUGAAUGCUGAUUCCUCUUUCUUUCUAAAUCCCACCUAACAGUUCACAACAUGCCAUGUCUUUAAAGAAGAGUCUAAUGAAUUU